GUCAACAAUCUUGUGUCUGUCAGGCCCAGCCAGUGUUGACAGGGUGUUACUUGCUGGGGACCUUAUUUACAGUUUCGGCAGGGUAACGUGAGGUGAAAAGCUGUUCCAAGGAACUGUUUUAAUUUCAGCAUUUCUAUUAUUUACCCACAUCCAGCUGAAGAUAAUAAGUUUCUCUUUUUUCGGGGCCAGACUCCUCCCUCCAGAAUAUAAUAGUCAACAACACAUGACCUAUCAUUCAUAGUCUAACUAUUUAACAUACUUGUACGGAGCCACUGAUACAAUUUAGGUGUCACCAGCUUUAUCGCUCAUCACAAGACAGUGUGGAGGAGUCAUCCCUGCAGUAUGAAAAGCAAGAUAAUGUAUCAGGAGAUCUUGGCCUUUAUUUUCACCACUUCUGGGUGGGCACUAGUGACAUCCACCCUGCCGCUGGAGUACUGGAGGGUGUAUUCACUUGCUGGGACAGUCAUUAUCACCACACCUCUUUACUUCUCCAACCUGUGGAAGAACUGUGUCACUGACUCAACAGGAGUGUCCGACUGCAAAGACUUUCCUUCGAUGCUGGCGCUGGACGGCUACAUCCAAGCAUGCCGGGGACUGAUGAUCUCAGCUGUCUGUCUGGGUUUAUUUGGGUCUACAUUUGCACUGAUUGGAAUGAAAUGCACCAAAAUCGGAGGAACUGGAAAAAACAAAGCCAGGAUUGCCUGCGUUGCUGGCGGAAAUUUCAUUCUUAGUGGCAUCUGCUCAAUGUCAUCAUGUUCUAUUUACGCACACCAGAUACUGACAGAGUUUUUCGACCCAGAGUUCAUGGGACAAAAGUACGAACUGGGAGCUGCUCUCUUUAUUGGCUGGGGAGGGUCUAUCCUCUGUAUCGUUGGAGGCAGCAUGCUCUGCUUCUCCAUCACAGGUUCUUUUGCCAAAAGCCACAGUCAAGAAAACUAUAUCUACAAAGGUGCUGCCUCACAUUCUCAUAUCUACUCCUACUUGAGCGAGCAGGCACAGUCUGUAGAAAAGAGACCGUCUCUAGACUACAGCAGCUCCUCCGAGAUGCAGGACUUUGAUAAGAGUGGAACUGUGUGAGGGAUGUGAAUAUAAAACAUUUUCAGUCAAAGCCAUUGGUAAGAUACAAGAUAUAUGGUAAAAAAUAUGUACUGUGUACUAAGUCUGAAAGGUUCAAAAAAGUGGAACUUAUGAAACUUGGUGUUUCUUCUUUGACAGACAGCUAAAGUUGACCUUAUCCUGGGAUUUUUAUUUUUUUUUAUAUAUAUAUUAGCAUGUUUUUCAA